AUGCUUAGUGACGCCUUGAAGAUUGGUCUUGCGGUUCUGGUGUGCUGUGAGCUCUAUGAUUUGCUGCAUGAUACUGCUGAGCGUAAAGAAGAUUUUGCAGAUAUUGAUGAGGAUGUUACAAGCGCUGUCAGAGAAAGUAUCAAGAAGUAUAUAAAAUACUAUACUUUCAUGGAUAUCUCCAACACGUAUUAUACUGCCCUGAUCCUAGAUCCUCGUGUAAAGGGGGAUCUCCUCCUAUACGAAUUAGACGACGAGGAUACUAGCAGGAAGAUUCUCCAAGCCCUCCAUGGCAACCUUUAUAAAAAAUAUCCUGAUACUACAAAUCAGCGUACUAUGGCAGAGCCCACAGAUUAUAGCCAUAAGAAGCAGAAAGUAGGCAGCUGGAUGUUACGAAGGCUACAGCCUCAGGACAAGCCUCAAUCUUCUAAUAUUGAUAGGUAUUUUGACAAUAUCUGGGUUGAUGCCAUUGACAUGGAAGAUCUGAAUUGGCUAUUUGAAUUGUGGAGAGUCCAUAGGAAGGAUUAUCCUUGGAUGGCUGCUGCUGCUAGAGAUUACUUAGCAAUCCUAGCCUCUGAAGUAUCAGUUGAGAGGUUAUUUAACUCAGAAAGAGAUGUACUUGGUGUAUAG